UUGUGUCCCUUUACGUGUGUUCGUGAUAAUUUAGUGUGAAGUUCUUCUUUAUAAAAUGGAUUCAUCGAGUGGGAAGUAAACAGGACUGAAUAUAGCAACCAAGAAACUGUGAACUUGGUGGUGCAAAGCAAAUGUCAAUAUCAUAAUUUAGCACCGUCUAGGUCUAAAAUUACGCAUUAUCAACUUAUGUACGGGAUGGCGUAAAUGAAUGCACAGGUCAAAAUGGAUGCAGAAACUCUCCUGCACUGUCCACUUUGCUGUGGUGGAACGUUUAAAUCUAAGCAAUCACUUGUUGAACACUUGUCUAAUCAUACCACAAACUUUGGAUGUCCUAUUUGCAGUUAUAAGUUCUCGUCAGUCUCGCUUUUAGUUGAACACUUGAGCAGUACAAACUGCAAGACGCCUUUGGAAGUAUCUGAAGCUCACAAUGCUUUACGUGAGCAUAGAGUAUGCUAUAGUCAAAAUAUUGAAGGUGUUAAGAUACUUGUUACCCAAGCUGACAACGCCACAAUAGAACAAAAUAAUGAAGAUGAUGACUGCUUUGAUGACAACACUGCCGCUGACAAUGAUUCAUCACAGCUUCAUAAUGUCAAUUUGGAAGACAACAAGAUGUAUACAGAUCUUUUGCGAGUUUCUGAGCAACUCGGCAAUGAUCAGAGUGAAUAUUCCAUAGCCCAUAGUGAGGAUGCUGAAGUCAUGACCCGGGCAUCCAUCAUUACCAAGCAGAACAGUGAUGGGACCUUGUCAAUCUCCACAUAUGAAGAAAAAGAAGAUAACACCAUGAAAGAAGAGCCGAUGCCAGUAAUCACAGUAACAGACAACGAGAAUGUCGGCCAUGAAGAGUUGUUUAGCUGCAACACUUGUGGAGUCUCAUUCCUAUCCGUCAUAGACCACAUACAGAACUACCACAAGGAUCAGGAUGUCGUGGUGGAGAUGAACGAGAACCAAGAUGGCACUACCAUAGAGUUUCUUCAAGAGGAAGGAAUAGAUUCUUCUGAGAACAACAUGCCUAUGGAGUUGGUGUCCAUAAUGAACAACAGUGUGGACAAGCCGCCACCGGCAUCGGCGCCGCACCGCAUCAUCACAGACACUGGCAAUAUUGUGGAAACUACCGUUGCUCCCACUAAUACAAAAGGGGAUGUACUGCACAACACCGUCCCGCUUGGUUCGCUAGAGAUGGAGGUAACGGACAAGGAGGGUCGCGUGUUCACGAGACGCUACGUGCAGAUAGACAAGGGGCCUGCGUCUAAUUGUGAAGCGGCCGCGUCCCCCGAAGCCCGCACCCCGUACCACCAGGUGGUGGUGGCGGCGGCGGCGGGCGCGGACGGCUCCCCGCGCCGCGUGUACAGCUGCAUCGCGUGCCGCGUGCACGUCUCCGAGCUUGAACACUUCAAGGCGCAUCCUUGUAAAACACUGAAGUACUCAUGCGCGCACUGCCCCGUGUCCUACGAGAAUGCGAAGUCUCUGUGCGCUCACAUGAAGGUGCACAAAGCAGCCAAAAACGCCGCCAUUAAAGCGCAAUUCAAGAACGCUAACCUAAAAGGCGCCGCGCCCGUGAGCGUGGUGGUGACGGGUCCAUUCAAGUGCCACGUGUGCAGCACCGUGUUCCCCACCAACAAGUCGCUCAAGCUGCACAAGCGAAUGCACGAUCCUAUCAAGGCGCGCCCAAUAGACCCGCCAGUCGACGACAACCCAGACCCAACCGACGAGAACAAUGGCAAAUAUUUCUGUCCUGUCUGCCUCAAGUGGAUACCGACGGGGUACCGCGCGGCCCACGCCGAGUCACACUCCGAUGCAGACAACUUCAACUGUGAUAUAUGCAACAAGAGGUUUAGAUCGAGUGCCUACAGGGAUAUGCAUAUGAAUGUGCAUAGCGUUGAGAAGACGGAGGUGAAGAAGUCGGACAAGUCGCUGCCGUACACGUGUCUGUACUGCUCGCGGCAGUUCGCGCGCCCGCACGAGAAGGUCAAGCACGAGCGGAUACACACUGGUGAGAAGCCCCACUCGUGCGAGAUCUGCGGCAAGUCGUUCCGCGUGUCGUACUGCCUCACGCUGCACAUGCGCACGCACACCGGCGCCAGGCCUUACGCCUGCCACAUCUGCGGGAAGAGGUUCAAAGCGCACAGCGUGUACAACCACCACCUUCUCACGCACUCGGACGUGCGAGCGUAUAAGUGCCCUUUCUGCCCGAAGGCGUUCAAGACGUCGGUGCAGCUCGCCGGACACAAGAACUCGCACACCAAGCCCUUCUCCUGCACGCAUUGUAACAGACCAUUCGCCUCGCUCUACGCGGUGCGCGUCCACACCGAGACGCACCGGCGGCAGAACAACUUGAAGUUCACUUGCUCUCUGUGCGGCGCCCGGUACGCGCGCUCCUUCGCGCUCAAGGACCACAUGAAGUCCGCGCACGACGCCGCCCGCGCGCCCGACGCUAAAUUUUCGGAGGAGGUGAUUCUGAACGAGGAAAAAGGAUGGGAAAUAUCUGAUGGGAAGCUGAUUAAGACAAUCAAGGAUGAUGAGCAGGAGACGGCUGCGAUGGAGAUACCGAACGAACCUGAAUCUGUGAUCCUAGGAUAGAAACAUAAUUUUAACUAGAUCCGAUCCUAAUUGUGUAAGUAGUCUUACAUACAUUAUUUAAACCAAUAGCAAACACAUAUGUAAUCAUGUCAAUAGCAGGCAAAUAACAGCACAGCCAAAAGUUUCUAGCGAUAUACAAAUCUUACUUUAACUUAUACAGUCGUCUUGAAAAAAAUAUGACAAACUGUUUGGGUGCCAUAAUAUAUUUUUUGUUUGGUUUAAUACGCAGUUCGUCCAAAAUAUUUA